ACACCAACUGACAUUAAACAUGGAAACAACCUCGGUCAUGAAACACAAAUAAACCAACUCACAUAAUAGAUUGAAGAAUAUUCAAGAAUCAAAAGCAAGUCCAAACUAAAAACCUCCUUCAAAAGCACUAGACCUGCAUAAAAAAUCUAAAAUAAUAUUUAUAACUUAAUUUUACGCACAGGAUGGGAAAUCCACUCUUCAGGAGAGAGAAAGAAGGUGGUUUCCUACCUCGGGAGAGAUAGAGAAAGGUCGCAGCUCGGAGAGGCACUAAAGCCCUAAAAAACUGAAAAAAAAAAUUGGGAGAAAAAUCUCUAGAAGAGAAAAGUGAAAUGAUAUUAAACCUUUAUUUAUACUGUUUAAAUUUGUAAGAAAUAUAAUAUUUAGUACUAUUAACAUAAUUUUAUUUUUGUAUAGAAAGGCACCAAAAAAAAAAAAAAAUAGAAAGGUUUUCUGUGAAGGGUAGUUGGCUUGGCUGUUUCACGCAGAGAUGAAAAUCAGAGUGGAGAAUGAAGACUUGACCAAAAAAUCAUAAUAGCAGAGGCCACCGUACAAUUAUUAGCGUCAUUAUGUGGCGAACACGAACUUUCUUAAUAACCACUUCAACAAUCGACUAAUCGUCUCAUCAAUGCCCCAUCACCAGAAACAGCCUACUCCUCCUGCGGCCGCUGCUUCCGCUGCUGCUGACGCUGCAUCAAUGCAAUCCGAUCCGCCAGCACCUCCUCCCUUCGACCCCAGUCGAAUGAUUGGUAUUAUAAAAAGGAAGGCUUUGAUAAAAAAGUUGGCAGCAGUUUACCACGCCGAGUGCCUUGCAUACUGUCAGGAACUUUUGGAACUACAAAAGAAAUGGGAAGAGCCUUUUGUGGAUUUAAAAACCCCCGAUGAUACAAGGAAAGAACCAGUGAGGCCUCCUAAACGUCUGAAAAAGUCCCGCUAAGCAUAUUGUCCCUGGAACUUGUAUGGUUGAAUGUCCUUGUUUACAGAUGUGCAAUGACAGGUUUCCUGGCAUCUAAGAAGCACUUCAACCACAUGAUACUAAAUGGAAUAGGCGAUGAUCUAAAUCCGAGCCGUAAAGAUUUGAUGUUGCAAUCGUGGCUUUAUUGUAGGUAUCAUAUAGCUAUUUUGAUCUACUAGUAGACAACUUCUGAUUCAGCUAAUCACAAGUGACAUGUAUCUUUAUACAGUGUAUUAUAACAAGGAGAAAGUGACCUUAAUAGUAUAUGUUUUCUGAGCA